AUGUCUGUUACGCCAGCCCUCAGAGCAGCUGCGCGCUCGGCAUACCGUGACCUACUACGAGCUUCAGCUGCUACUUUUCAUGGAGACGAGCCCAUACAAAGAGCAUUCCGACACAACAUGCGAACAGAAGCAUUGUAUUUGGACAGCUCCGCACAAUAUGACGUGAAACUGGUCGAAGAGAAAAUCCAACUUGCCUGUGAGCUUGCGACCAUGCUACGCAGAAAUGUUGUGCAAGCUCGCAGAACACAAAACCAAGACGGAGAUGAUGCUUGGAACCUUCGGUUCACGAAGGACACUGAACUCGGUGAAAACGAGAGUAUUAAGAAUCCACCACCCAUGCCUUCCAGCAGACAAGCACGGAGAUUAGAGAAGGGCGGGCAAAGUGUAGAAACUGUUGCUCAGCCUAGCCCCAAUUUGCCGCGCAAUUUUUCCGCUCUCAGGAGGGCUCACAAAGAUCGGGAGAUUCCGGAGUUGCGUGAAGAGGAUAUCGAGGAAUCAUUCGUUAGAGGUGGUGGUCCUGGUGGACAGUCUAUCAAUAAGACUCAGAAUAAUGUUCAACUUCUUCAUAAACCCACUGGUUUUCGUGUAGCAUGUCAGGAAACUCGAUCACUCCAAACAAAUCGCAUGCUCGCCAGACGGUGGCUCCUGCAAAAGGCGUAUAAACUACACAACCCUGGUCUAUCAAAGGGUGAACUACAACGCGCGAAGCAACAGGAAAGAGAACGCCAACGACGGAAGAAGUCGAAGAAGAAGGCGAGCGCACGAGCACAAGAGAAGCAUUGCCUGGAAAGUGAUGAACCCUAA